AUGGCGUUUGGCACCAAAACGGGCUUCUCCGUGCGCGACAUCCUGGAUCUCCCGGACCCGACCGGGAGGUGCUGCUCCGGGACCGAGGAGACCGAGGAGGACGACCCAGAGGAGGGACCGGGAACCGGGCAGAAGAUGGGAUUUACCGGCCGGAGUGUCUGCGGAGAGAGAGGAGGAGGGCAGGUGGAGCCGAGGGUCCGGAGACCUGCACCUCUCAGUGCACGGUGUUUCCCUGAGUCCAGAUCCCCGGAGCUCUCCACGGACGCGUCCCCGGAGACCCGCAGCAGAAAGCGGCGCGUCCUCUUCUCCAAAGCGCAGACUUUGGAGCUGGAGCGCCGCUUCCUGCAGCAGCGUUACCUGUCCGCCCCGGAGAGGGAGCACCUGGCCGGCCUGAUCCACCUCACCCCCAACCAGGUGAAGAUCUGGUUCCAGAACCACCGAUACAAGAUGAAGAGGGCCGACGCGCUGCAGCUGCUGCCCGCUCCAGGUCGCAGGGUCUCCAUCCCGGUCCUGGUGCGGGAUGGGAAGCCCUGCGACCUGGAGGUGACGCUCAGGUCCGGCCUGAGUCUGCCUCUGUGCGCCUACUCCCCGCUGCUGCACCCCGGGUACGGUGCAGAGCAUCCGGCUGCAGCAGCACCAUCCCGGGCUGCACAUGUACCACUGGAGCUGGUGAAGCCUGAGGCCAGAACUCUGACUGAGAAAACUCCACUUCAUCAGCUCCU